AUGGAGACAUUACUCAACAUUACUAAAUAGUUGUAGGAGUUAGCUGGUGACGAAAAUAAAUUAAGAUUGCUGAUGGAGGAAUAAGAGAAAUUAAAGCAAGAGGAAUAAAAGGCAAAGCAAGAUACCAAUUUAAAUAGCAUUGAAGAAGAAUCAGAAGAGUAAAAGCUGUAAAAAGACAAGAAUCAUAAGAUUCUCAAGCAAUAAGCGCAGGGAUUUGAUCCUCACUUUUACAGUCCAUAGGUUCAUGUAGGCAGAAGUCUCAACUUCCACGGAGAUCUAUUUGGUAUCAAUCCUCAGCCUGUAAAGCCAUUCAUCCUAGGUAUAUGUGGUGGUCCAAGCAGUGGUAAAUCAACAGUGACUAACAUGAUAAAGAGCAAGCUUAAAAAUCAACCACUUACUCUGAAUUUGAUGGAUUUCUAUCUCCCUUUAAGAGGAAAUCUUAGAAGGAGAAAUUCUACUGAUUCCAAAGAUAAGGAAUUGGAUGAAGCUCAAAUUCAAAGAGAGAUCAAUGAAAUAGAGCGACAUUAUGACUUCGACAAUCCCUCAGCUAUCGAUUGGGAUUUACUUAUCAAAGGACUAUAAUUGCUGGUUGAAGGAAAACCAUUCAAUAAACCAAAGUAUGAUGAACACUUGAAGGUGAGAGAGGAAAAGACUGAGAGAGUUUACCCAUCAAACUUAAUUAUCCUAGAAGGGCAUUUAAUAUUUACAAACUAAUAAUUGAUGGACAUGCUUGACUUGAAAGUUUUCAUUGAAACUGAUGAUGAUGUUAGACUUUCUAGAAGAGUACUUAAAAUGUCCAAAAAAGGUACUUUAACCAAUCUUCAAGAUUUGCUCUACAAAUACGAAAAGCAAAUCAAGCCAGCUUACGAGAAAUGGAUUGAACCAUCCAAAAAAUACGCUGACAUCAUUAUUCCAAAUUAUGGUUUCAGAUUGGAAAGCAUGGACAUUGAUGAUAUUUUAGUUCCUUUCCCAGCUGUAGAGUUGAUAAUAAAAUAAGUAGAAACAUAAUAGCAUUCCAAUGGAUAAAGAAAAAGAUAGAAUAUCUUCUGA